AAUAUUUCUUAAGAUCGAAAAUCCUAUCAUAUUCCAUGCAAUCACUAUAACUUCACUGAACAACUAUGCGAAUAGAAAUCAAAUAGGAAGAAAAUGAUGAUCAUACAUGGAUCAAAUUUGCUUGUUUAUCCAUGACAAUGGAUCGAACAACGUUAUAUUUACUCGAAACAGAGUAAAGUUUACUGAUUCUAUUUAACAUCUGCAACAGCUAUAUUAAUGGAGUAUGAAUAAAAAGAUCCUAACCCAUUUGAACACCUCGCUUGUCAGACUAUCAAUAGUCCAUCGUAAUAUUAAACCAUGGAACCAGAACAGCUAUUUCGUUGUUUCGAACCUGGGUAGUGUUACUGGUAUUUGUCUUCAUGCAUCAACAAUGGUUUCAAGUGAAUUUAUAAACCGAAACCCGAUUUCAUCAAAUAAAUUGAUUACAGAAUAUGCUAGAAAUGGGAGGAUGGACUCUGCCCGCCAUGUAUUUGACAAUAUGACAGAUCGAGAUGUGGUGACCUGGACUGCCAUGGUUACAGGAUAUGUUCAAAAUGGAAGACUGGAUUGUGCACGACAAGUGUUUGACAAAAUGCCUUUCAGAAAUUUGGUUUCAUGGAAUGCAAUGAUUGCUGCGUAUGCUAACUACGGGAAAUUGAAUGAUGCUCGCUUGCUUUUUGAUAAUAUGCCCGAUCGGGAUGUAGUUUCUUGGACUUCAAUGAUUGCUGGAUAUGCCAGAAACGGGAGGAUGCAGGAUGCACGAAAAUUGUUUGACGAAAUGCCUGAACGAAAUGUAUUUUCCUGGAAUGUGAUGGUUACAGGGUAUGCCAAGGAUGGAAGAAUGGAUGAUGCGCAGGAUCUGUUUGACAAAAUGCACGAACGAAAUGUGGUUUCAUGGAAUGCCAUGAUUGCAGGAUACUUUGAUAAUGGGAGAAUAGAUGAAGCAGUGGAGCUGUUUGACAAAAUGCCUGAACGAAGUGACAUCACUUGGGCUACAAUGAUCACGGGGUAUAUAGAGAAUGGGCUUGAAGAUAAUGCCCUGGAUCUCUUUUCUCAAAUGGUAGUGGCAGGCAUCAAACCAAACAAAUCGACAUUCACCUGUGCUUUCAACGCCUGUGCCAGGCUGGGAGUUUCAGAUAAGGGUAUGCAAAUCCAUGGCCAUAUUAUCAAAAUAGGAUGUGCAUCGGAUGUUCGUGUUGGGAAUGCCCUUGUUACCAUGUAUGGCAAAUUCAAUGUUGAUGAUGCAAGAAAGGCCUUUGACAUGAUGCCUGAGAGAGAUGUUAUUUCUUGGAAUACAAUGACGGCAAGUUAUACCAAGCAUGGUAGGUUGCUUCAUGCACAUGGCUUGUUUGAUAGAAUGCCUCAAAAGGAUGUGGUCUCAUGGACUGUGAUGGUUGCUGGAUAUUGUCAGAAUGGUCAUCCUGAGGAGUCGGUUAAACUGUUCUCUGAAAUGAUAAGGAUAGGUGUGAAGCCGAACCAGGCCACCCUCGUGAGCAUUCUAAGUGCGUGCUCUAAUCUUGCUGCCCUGGAGCAGGGGAAACAAAUCCAUGUCAAUACCAUCAAAACAGAGUACAAUUGUGACGUUUUCGUGGGAAAUGCUCUUGUUACCUUGUACUCCAAAUGUGGGUGUAUAGACACUGCAUACCAAGUGUUUGACGAAAUGCCUGAACGAGAUGUGAUAUCAUGGACUGCAAUUAUUGCAGGAUUUGCUCAGCAUGGUAGAGGCCAGAAGGCCAUUCAACUCUUUGAGUUAAUGCGAGACUGCGGUGUAAAGCCUAAUCAUGUGACUUUUGUUGGUGUGUUGACUGCCUGUAGUCAUUGCUGCCUGUUGGAUGAAGGGUGGCGAUACUUUUCUUCAAUGAGCUCUAGUCAUGGCAUUACACCAGGAAUGGAACAUUAUUCAUGUAUGGUUGAUCUCCUUGGUCGAUUGGGACUACUAAAUGAAGCAGAGGAUUUCAUCAGGGAAAUGCCAAUGGAGCCUGAUCCUGUUGUAUGGAAGGCUUUGCUUGGUGGCUGCAGAAUCCAUGGGAAUUUAGAAGUGGGUGAACGUGUAGCAAAACACUUAUUCAUGCUAGAACCUGAGAAUCCAGCAGCAUAUGUACUACUAUCAAAUAUAUAUGCCACGACUGGUCGGUGGAAUGAUGUAAACAAAGUGAGAUUCAUGAUGGUAAACAGAGGGAUUCAAAAAUUGGCAGGAUGUAGCUGGAUUGAAAUUAAGAACAAGGUGCAUGCUUUCACAGUUAGAGACAUAGCUCAUCUGCAAAUAGAUAGGAUACAAGCAAGCCUGGAUGAAUUGACAGAAGUUGGGCAUCUACCAGAAAACAAUUUUGAACUAAACCAUUUUGAGCUAGAAGACAAGUAACCUAUUCACUACCAUUAAAGCGAUAGGCUGACUACUGCAUGAUGCAGGAAAUAUCUAUCAUUUCUUUGGAGGCAUUUGCUCUUGAAGGGAUUAUUGGUGAUGGUAAGUGAAGAAUUCUGCCCUUGGCUCUAUUUGUUUCGGAACUUUGAGAAUCUCAUGGGGACUUACUGUUAAACUAUUGUGCCUAUUCAACACACUGGAUGUUUGAUCUAUAUCCAAUGAUGAAUCCUUUUCAUCACAUUGGGUGUAUAGAAUCUCAUGAGAACUUACUGUUAAACUGUUGUGCAUAUUCAACACACUGGAUGUUUGAUCUAUAUCCAAAGAUGGAUCCUUUUCAUCACAUUGGGUGUAUAGAAUCUCAUGAGAACUUACUGUUAAACUAUUGUUCCUAUUCAACACACUGGAUGUUUGAUCUAUAUCCAAUGAUGAAUCCUUUUCAUCACAUUGGGUGUAUAGAAUCUCAUGAGAACUUACUGUUAAACAAUUGUGCCUGUUCAACGCACUGGAUGUUCAACAAGUUGUGGAUAUCUGCCACUCUUAGAAUGCAAUGUAUUGAAUAGCUUGCAGAAAAUGGGUUCAGUUAUGAGGAAAGGGGGAUGAUGAGAAAGGAAGCAAUUAUAUGGGAAAUAAAAGAGGGUAGGAUGUUUCGUUCUUAAAUUAUUUCCCUUCAAAACUAGCAAUUGGGCAUAGAUGUUCAAUGGGCAUGCUGAUAAUUGUAUCAUGAUUGAAAUUUUAUUCUGUCUGAAAUUUAUUAGAGUUAAAUUA